AUGGAAUCGGUGGCCUCGGCCACCUGUUGCAGUUGCUUGGCGAAUUCCUCACCUACAAAGUUCAAGGACGCGCCACUGUCGACCAGAGUGAUGGCCAAACGAUCCUCUAUUCGAGCUCGGAAACGGAGAGUCCCCGGGGAGGCCCAGCCCGCCAUCGAGUGCAGCGAGAGGCAGGGUUGGGGGGCGCUUGGCGCGACUGGGGAGGUCGCGGCAGUCGCCGCGGGGCGGGGCGCCGGGGGCGCGACGGCGGCGCUCGGCGGGGAGCAGGCCGGCGACGCAGGGGAAACGGCGGCGCGCGGCGCUGGGGAGGCCGGCGGGGGCAGGCGCGCGGCGGCGGGGGUCGCUGGGACGGUGCGCGCGGCCUCCGUGCCGAAGCCCCAAAUCCCUUUAUUCGAGAGGCCACCAAUUCAUGCCGCAACUUCGCUCCAGCUCCAGAAAUGGCAUGAAUGGGCCAAAACUCUCGCGUCCUCAGUUGGGUCGUCGUUUGUCGAAGCGGACAAUGGCCCUGAUUCAACCCUCCUGUGUAGAGAGCUGAACUGGCUUUUAGAGGACGCAAUUGAACAUCCCUCCUCGUUCCGACAAGCAAGCAAGGAAGGUGUUUGUGAAAAUGUCAAGCUGAGGGCCAGUCUGGAUGAUCUUUACAACUUGUGGAAAGACCGGAUCGAGAAAAGGAGGCCUUUGCAGUAUCUUGUUGGGUGUGAGCACUGGAGAGAUUUGGUGCUGAGUGUUCAGGAAGGGGUUUUGAUUCCGAGGCCAGAGACUGAACUAAUUGUGGACUUGGUGGAGGAAUUGGUGUCUAGAACGGAUGAUUUGCGAAAUGGGACGUGGGCAGAUUUGGGGACUGGCAGUGGCGCUCUUGCCAUUGGAAUUGGGAAGGUUUUGGGGAGUUCUGGCCGUGUCAUUGCCACGGAUGUAAGUCCGCUUGCAGUUUCUGUGGCCAACUUUAACGUGCAGAGGUAUAGCCUCCAGGACGUGAUUGAGGUGAGACAGGGUUCUUGGUUUGAGCCGUUGGGGAAUUUAGAAGGAAAACUUUCAGGUCUUGUAUGGGAAAUGCCAUUUUCUGACACAGCUCUACCUGAUCUUCAAGAUUCACCAACUGGGUUCAGCAAAUUAUUUGACAGACGACUGACUAACAUGAAUGAUAGACUAGAUAGACUGAUGGGCGGUGUUGCAGUCACAGUUUUCUCUUUCUGUUUCUUCGCACUGCUAAUUGAACAUGGCUACACCCAUCCAUUGUGUACUGAUUCAAGAGCACCAUUUACCACAAAACCCUCUCUUGGCUUCUGUCAGUACAAUGGAAGUGUGUGCUGUAACUCCACUCAAGACCUUCAGUUGCAGAACCAGUUCAAGGCAAUGAAUGUGCCGGCUGCUCCACGUUGUGCCUCCAUCAUCAAAUCCAUACUUUGCUCAAGAUGUGAUCCUUUUUCAGCAGAGUUAUACGGGACUGGAUCUGUACCUCGGUUGGUACCCAAUCUGUGCAAUGACUAUUGCUCUGAAGUUUGGAAUCAAUGUCACAAUGUCUCAGUAUCAAACUCUGUAUUUACUUUGAGAGGUGGAGCUGGUUCAGCCUCGGGGAAGUCCUUUACCAAGUUGACUGAUUUCUGGGAUUCAGAGACUGGUUUCUGCAGUGCAUUUGGAGGGGUUAACACAACAUGUUUCGGAGGAGGGCCAGUCUUAAAGCACAAUAAUAUACCAGGAACACCACCUUCUAGCGGAGUCUGCCUGGAGAAAAUUGGCAAUGGCUCAUACCUCGACAUGACUGCAUUGCCAGAUGGGUCAAAUCGGGUUCUUCUGGCAAGCCAGUCCGGCAAGAUUUGGCUGGCGACUCUGCCAGAAGAAGGGUCUGGGAAAGUGAUGGUGCUCGAUGAAUCGAAUCCGUUUCUCGACCUGACUGAUCAGGUACAUUUCGACAGCGAGUUUGGGCUAAUGGGGAUAGCCUUCCAUCCUAAGUUUGAACAGAAUGGCCGAUUAUUUGCUUCAUAUAACUGUGAUAAGGUGACAUCACCCACAUGCUCAGGGAGAUGCUCGUGUAACUCAGAUUUCGGCUGUGAUCCUUCACUGCUUCCUUCAAAAGAUGGAGGACAGCCUUGUCAAUUCCAUAGCGUUGUAGCUGAGUACAGUGCCAACGGUACUGCAUUGCAACCUCCGAGCACGUGGAUGAGGUUACUUCCACAGGAAGUAAGGAGAAUAUUGACAAUGGGGCUUCCUUACAGUGCACAUCAUGGUGGUCAAAUACUGUUUGGACCUGAAGAUGGGUAUUUGUACUUUAUGAUGGGGGAUGGUGGAAGCAAAGGCGAUCCUCAAAAUUUCUCACAAGAGAAGCAGUCUUUACUUGGGAAGAUCUUGAGAAUUGAUGUUGACAAUGUAGCAAGUGCAAAAGCAAUAAACGACUUGGGUUUAUGGGGGAAUUACUCCAUCCCUAGAGAUAACCCAUUUACAGAAAAUAAGGAUUUCAAACCUGAAAUCUGGGCAAUGGGGUUUCGAAAUCCUUGGGGAUGUAGCUUUGAUGCAACUAGACCUUCGUAUUUCCUCUGUGCCGAUGUUGGCGAGGAAAUGUUUGAAGAGGUGAACCUUGUGAGCAAGGGCGGAAACUAUGGAUGGAGGGUUUAUGAAGGGCCUUCCGUUUACAACGACACAAAUUCAAAGGUGACGGCGAAUUCAUCUACCAUGAAAAGCUCCAUGAACCCAAUCUUUCCUGUGAUGGGGUACAAUCACUAUGAGAUCAAUAAAGUUAAAACGGGAUCUGCUUCCAUCACUGGUGGCUAUUUCUACCGCUCAACUACUGAUCCAUGUAUGUAUGGAAGGUACCUUUAUGCUGAUUUGUACGGUGGAAACGUGUGGGCAGGGACGGAGAACCCAGACGACAGUGGACACUUCAGCACCAACCUUCUCGAGGUAAAAUGCGCACACGACUCUCCUGUUGCAUGUUCGUCCGAUGCAGGGACUAGUGCGCUGCCUUCGCUUGGUUACAUAUUCAGCUUCGGAGAGGACAAUAGGAAAGACGUCUUCAUCUUGGCCAGCAAUGGUGUGUACAGAAUCGCCCAUCCCAGUCGCUGCAACUUCGUCUGCCCAAAAGAAAAUGCCACUCUUCGUGCCGCGCCCUCUUCUCCUAUUCCUCGCUCUUCUGCUUCUGGACAAGGUCUCAGGUCCUCCAUUAUCAUGCAGUUAGUCCUCUUUCUCUUGAUCACAAUCAGGGUGUCAUCUUUGUAA